UUUAAAAAAAAACAUUUCAACUUUCUGACGCCAGCGCUGAUUUUUGCCGGGACCGCGUGAGUGUUCGGAGCCGAGGCCAUGCGGUGAGCGAGUCUUGUGAAGAAAGCAAUCUGAGGACCAUGCAUCCGUGACUCCUGGAACCAGCCUGUGAGCCAGGGCGAUGGAAGCUCUAGAGGGCCUCCAGCGUACUGCUUCUGUGAGCAUUCCCAAUGGAUAUGCCAACAGGAUUUUCCAAGGAAACAUGGAGGGAGGGAGCACCGAUGCCUUGGAGGCCUGUGGUGCUGAGCACUGCGCCUCCGGCGACGCGAUCCCCGGUGAGCAGGAGGAAACACACAGGUUUAAGAAGACAACCAAGGGCAGCCGGAUCUGGAAUUUCGUCAGACGCAGGAAAGGACUCGCUACGAAUAAAGACAGACCCCAGUCAAUGAUUUUGCUGGGAGUUGCCUCUGAGGUCUCAGAAUUAAAGAAGCCAUCCUUCAUGGAGAGGGUACGCUCGUCAAAAAAGGGAAGAUCCUCCAGGACAGCCAAGAACAUGGAUUUGAGAGCAUCCAGAGUGCAGGAUGUGUGUGACCCUGAGGAGGACCUUCACUGCAGCGGGCAGAGAGCUGUCUACAGGGUUAAGAAGCUGGGCGAUGGCCGGAGGCCCUCCCGCCACUCGUACGCGGGGUACAUCGAGGAUCUGGACUCUUCUUUUGAGGACAUAGAGCUGAACAUCAGCAUUCCUGAACUCGAUACCACUGAAAGUAAAUGUCUCAGGGAUAUUAGUGGCAGAUUACACAGUGAGGAUAAUGAUGGUAACUGCCACAGAAUAGCAGCCAGGAAGAGCGAGUCUUUGAAUUAUGAACACGUUAAGAGUCCUGCAAUUACAGAAGGGGACAAUCAAAAGAGGUGUGCUGUGCUCCCACAGGAGAGCAGGAGAGGAAGGAGCUCUGAUGUCUGGAGCUAUCUGAAAGGAAUUUCAUUAGCUAGCAAAGAUAAUUCAAAGCUCCCAGAUCAAAGGGCUGAAACCAAUUUCCAGAACUUAGAAAAUACAACAGAUCAUUCCGCUUCUUACUUUGACUUUGAUACAAGAUGUGAGGAGAAUCUCAGCCAGCGAAAGAAAUCAAACGGUGCCGCCAAAGCCACUCACUUUGGGGGUGUUGUGAGGUUCUUAAGCAGCGUGGCCGAGGCAGCUCGGCGGCUGCGAGGCUCCUCGAGGGCGUUUUCCCCCGAUGAGAAGAGGCCUCAGCGCAGUUUCCGAGGCCGCAGGCAGGAUGUUGCCUCCCCCAAAGAGGGUUUGGUUAUCGAGAACGAGAGCGCAAAGGCCUUUUGCACGGUGGGAGCCUGUCUGCAGUCCCCGGAUUCAGGCACGUGGGAGAACCUGAGCUUUGAGAGCUUGGCGGGGAAGGAGCCCGUGCAGCACUGCAAAACCGCAGAUGGGCUGAAAGGCGUUGGUUCCUCUGGCCUGGACAGUGGCAAUGACAGGCUUAAUGAAACCUCACUUCCUCCUUUUGGGCCAGAACCAUCCAUGUCCCAGCUGGCAGAGCUGGCAGAUGGCUCUUUCACUGAGCUGAACAGCAAAGAUCCCUCUGAGGAUCUGACUGAGCUUCCACAGACAACUCUGGCUGAAUCGAUUCAGGACUUGGGCACGACGCCAGAGAAGAGCCAGGUCAUGGCCAGGGACCUGCUGCCUUCUCCUGAUCUUCCUGUGACUAGUCUGGAUACUGGGGACCUGGGCAGUUCUCCAGCUGCCAGAGGGGACUUUUCUGCAGAAACUGAAGUGCAGACCCACCUCCCACAGGCAUCGCCAGCUAAAUUUGAUUCUGGGGAUGUGGCUUGUGCCCCAGUGGUUGCUAAAGACAUGGAUCCGUCUCCAGCAGUUGCUCAGGAGCUUUCAGAGACAGAACUGGAUAAUCAGGACUUGAGGAAUCCUGAGCUGCCUUUGCAAAACUUGUCUGGAGGUGAGUUGGAGGUUCAAGACAGUGGCAGUACCCUGGAGAGGGUCGUGGGCAGAGACCUGCCACCUUCUCUUGAUCUUCCUGUCAGUAAUCUGGAUGCUACAGAUCUGGGCCCUUCUCCAGCUGCUGAUGGUGCCUUUCCUGCAGUGACUGAGGCUCAGACCCACCUUCCACAGACAUCACUGACUAAACUUGAUACCGAGGACGUGGCUUGUGCCCCAGUGAUUGCUAAAGACAUGGUUCCAUCUCCAGCUGUGGCUCAGGAAAUUUCAAGGACAGAACUGGAUAAUCAGGACUUGAGAAAUCCUGAGCUGCCUUUGCAAGACUUGUCGGGAGGUGAGCUGGGGAUUCAGGACUCGGGCAGUACUCCAGAGACAUCACAGGUUGUGGGCAGGGAUGUGCCACCUUCUCCUGAUCUUCCUGUGAAUAAGCCGGGUACUGUGGACUUGGGCCAUUCCCCAGCUGCCAAUGGUGACUUCUCUGCAGCACCUGAGGCUCUGAUCCACCUUCCCCAGGCAGCUCUGACUGAGGAGAGCCAAGACACUGUCAGUUCUCUGGAGAAGGGUCAGGUGAUGGGCAGGGACCUGCCACCUUCUCACAACAUUCCCGAGAAUGUUCUGGAUGCUGCAGACAUGGGCUGUUCCGCAGUUGCCGAUGUGGACUUUUCUGUAGUGACCUUUUUAAAGUGUUCCACAGUGAAAAGGCAGGGUUUGGAACAGCAUGGUGGCCGCAUUAAAACGCGGGGAACCGCUUCAUUUGUGGAGCAAAACUCCGUGGAGGUCAUGGACAGAGUGGAAGAGUUUGAGUGCAGCACGGAGUGCAGGCCCUUCCAAGUGCACGUCUCGAGGAUUGUCUCUUCUGGACGCCUCAAAAAUGGAAAGCCAACAUCUCAUCCUGCACAGCCAUCCCCACAAGCAGAGCCCUUCAAGGCGCUGGUGGAGCGCUGCCGCUCCGAGCCCCUCUCGCAGAGCACCCCCAUGGGGCUGGACCAGCUGGGAGGGCGCAUGCAGCACCUGCUCCGCAGACGUGCUGAGAACGAACAGGCUUCAAAGACCCUGAAGGUGCGCGGGAACUGCCGGAACGGCGGCCGUCGAUGGAACCUCUUCAAGCCUGGAGCUGAGAAGCUGCAGAUCAGUCGGCUGAUCAGUGGUGGUUCCAUUGUCAGUGCUGAGGCAGUAUGGGAUCACGUCACCAUGGCCAACCGGGAGUUGGCGUUUAAAGCAGGAGACGUCAUCAAGGUCCUGGAUGCUUCCAACAAGGACUGGUGGUGGGGUCAGAUCGAUGAUGAGGAAGGAUGGUUUCCCGCCAGCUUCGUGAGGCUGUGGGUGAACCAGGAGGAUGGGGUGGAGGAGGGAACCAGCGAGGUGCAGAACGGGCACCUGGACCCCAGCGCCGACUGCCUGUGCCUGGGCAGGACCGUGCAGAACCGCGACCAGAUGAGAGCCAACGUCAUCAACGAGAUCAUGAGCACCGAGCGCCACUACAUCAAACACCUCAAGGACAUCUGUGAGGGUUACUUAAAGCAGUGCCGGAAGAGGAGGGACAUGUUCAGUGAUGAGCAGCUGAAAAUCAUCUUUGGGAACAUCGAAGACAUCUACAGAUUUCAGAUGGGAUUUGUGCGGGACCUGGAGAAGCAGUACAACAACGAGGACCCCCAUCUCAGUGAGAUUGGGCCCUGCUUCCUGGAACACCAAGACGGCUUCUGGAUCUACUCAGAGUACUGUAACAACCACCUGGACGCGUGCAUGGAGCUCUCCAAGCUGAUGAAGGACAGCAGGUACCAGCACUUCUUCGAGGCGUGCCGCCUGCUGCAGCAGAUGAUCGACAUCGCCAUCGACGGCUUCCUGCUGACGCCCGUGCAGAAGAUCUGCAAGUACCCCCUGCAGCUGGCAGAGCUGCUCAAGUACACGGCCCAGGAGCACAGUGACUACAGGUACGUGGCCGCUGCCCUCGCCGUCAUGAGGAACGUGACCCUCCAGAUCAACGAGCGCAAGCGGAGGCUGGAGAACAUCGACAAGAUAGCUCAGUGGCAGGCCUCUGUCCUGGACUGGGAGGGAGACGAUAUCUUGGACCGCAGCUCGGAGCUGAUCUACACGGGAGAGAUGUCCUGGAUUUACCAGCCUUAUGGACGGAACCAGCAGCGAGUUUUCUUUCUCUUUGAUCACCAGAUGGUUCUCUGCAAGAAGGAUCUGAUCCGAAGGGAUAUCCUGUAUUACAAAGGGCGCAUAGACAUGGAUAAAUAUGAAGUGGUGGAUAUAGAAGAUGGGAGAGAUGAUGACUUCAAUGUCAGCAUGAAGAAUGCCUUCAAACUGCAUAACAAGGAGACUGAGGAAAUGCACUUAUUCUUUGCCAAGAAACUGGAGGAGAAGUUACGAUGGCUUAGAGCUUUCAGAGAAGAAAGGAAGAUGGUAAAAGAAGAUGAAAAGAUAGGCUUUGAAAUUUCUGAGAAUCAAAAGCGGCAAGCGGCAAUGACAGUAAAGAAAGUCAGUAAGCAAAAAGAGAGUGAGAAUGAGACAUCCAUAAUUUUUAUGAGAAGAUGCUUCCUAAAUAUUCAGCACUAGGAAAAAAGAAACACCACCGCCACACCAUUAUUUGCAUCAUAAAUCAAGAUCUGACAAGGCCACUUGUUGGACUCGCAGCUUCUUUGUUAAGUGGGAAGCCCGCCCGGGGCAGCGCCGCUGGUGCAGCGGCCGCAGGGACGAGGGGCUUGGCUCUCGGGCCUUCAAGAAAGCUCUUGCCCUCCAUAAAUUGCCGAGGUGCUGCGGGAGAUGGAGCAUUGGCACAAAGAAGAAGCAGCACUGGGGUGCCAGUGUUGUCCCACUGCUGUGGCUGUCCCAGCAGGGAGCGGGGCUGGAGCGCGCCUGGGAGCAGCGCCCGUGCAGAUGGGGGUGACUUGACUGAGCAUCUGGUACAGACUUUUCAUUCCAAUGCCAGACAGGAGGAACCCACUUCCCAUUCCAUAUGCAGAAACAAGAGAGUUGUAACAAACUUACAUGUUUACGGUAUUUCUCUGGCUGAAUCUAUAUAUAUAUAUAUAUAUAUAUAAAAAAACAACAAAUAAAAAGAAACCCUCUUCCCUAGGUAAAUGACAUGCAUUACCCUUAACCUAGACACUAGAACAGAGGAUCUAAAUUCAAGACUUUCGCCUCCCCACCCUCUCCAAAAAGUCAAACAAGAGCCAACCUAGGUGCAUCUAACAGUUGUAAAUAGAAAAUACUACAUAGAGAAAUAUAUUUGAAAUUUGUUUCAGUUUCUGGAUGGGCACCAGCUGUCCAUUGCAAUGUUAUUGAUAGUACACUGUGGUGCUUUGGGUUUCUGGUUUUGUUCUCUUUAUGCUCUGUCAUCUUUUCAUUGCAGCUACAUUUCAGGGAACAUGUAUAUUUAGUAGCUAUUGUAAGUUCUGCAUGGCAUCACCAAGCUUAUUUUUCCUUAAGAAGAAAAGAAGAGUCUGUAGGAGCUUAAAGGCACUAUGACGACAGGGACUUGUAGCAGAGAAUUUAAAAAAAAAAAAAAGAAAAAAAAAGAAAAAAAAAAAAAAGGUUUUUAAAAUUCUAGUUUGAAGCCAAAUACUGAUAUUUUAGUGCUUUUGGGGUUUUAACAGUAAGAGCAAAAAAAAAAAAAAAAAAAAAAAAAAAAGAAAAAAAAGGAUUUUGGUAACCCAGCUGAUCCGCACUUGCCAGUUUUAUUAUUUUGUUUAUAUUGGACUGUUUGACCCUGUCAAACAAGUGUCAAAGUUGUGUGUAUAAAACAAACAAAAAAAAAAAGUGUUUAAAAAAGUGUUGUAAAGACACUGAGCCUUAUGAAAAUAUUUAUGGAAUUAAAUAAAAAGAAGUGAAAAGGCA